UCUCAUCCUACCAUCUAAAUAUUUCAAGAUUCCAUCAGCCGACAACUUUUCAAGUCCUUCCUUAUUGAACACCGUGCGCGACACCGAUACACAUUUUGCGAUAGGAGUUUUGGGACUGUGUUUUUUGUUGGGCCGAGGCGGACCUUUGUGUCUCCGACGUCAUUCUCAGCCCCUCGAGUCGUGCAUUGACUGCAAUCGCGUCGAGCUUCAACUCUACACUGUCGAAUCCUUCAAUUCCAACAACCGAUUAAAUAGAACUGUGCUCUACAACUCAUAUAAACUCCUAUAUUUCCAACACACACUUCAAUACCCCGGAUAUUUCAACAUUCGCUAGCACCAAUUGAUCUACAAACGUCCUCUUUGAACGUAUCGAAUCUGCGACGAUUUGCCUGCUUCGAACCAUCAAUCAAUCAAAUAUCCAAUUCUCAUCGAAACCGGUCGAAAUGGCAGCUCCUCAACCCACAGAGAAUGAGCAGGUUCUUCCUACCGCCUCUCAGCAGAAUGAAGAGGACGUCCCCACGGCCUCCGAGCCCAAGAUCCCUCCUCGCAAGGAUAUUUCUCUGAAAGAGUUCUUGACCAAGAUGGAUGACUACGCACCCAUCAUCCCCGACGCAGUCACCAACUUCUACAUGGCCAAAGCCGGUCUGCCCCCUCCGCCGACCACCGAUCCUCGCCUCGCUCGAUUGAUCGCCCUCGCGGUUCAGAAGUUCGUCGCAGAUGUCGCGGCGGACGCCUACCAGUACAGCCGCAUCAGAGCAUCAAACACCAGCGCCAACAACCCGAUGGGCAACCUCGGAGCCGCCGCCGGGUUACAAGUUCCCGGCCAGGCGCAGGCCAACGCCAAAGAUCAGGGACGCGGUGGACUAUUGGGUAUUCAGCGAGCCGGCUACGGUGGAGGUGGGCAAGGCGGUAGCCAGAACCGAACCGUCCUUACCAUGGAAGACCUAGGCAUGGCUGUCGGUGAAUACGGCGUCAACGUGAAGCGCAGUGAAUUCUAUCGAUGAGCGUCCAGCUCUUCGAAGAAAGCCCCCAAAUAACUACCACCCGCUCUGUUGCGGAAUGGGAGGCUGUAUUAUUACAAUGACUAGCAUCCUUUAUGAUCAGGGCUAGGGUAUCAGGCAUUGGCGUUCAGGAUCGGCUUUUGUGUUCGCUUUUCACAUAGGACUAGGCUAGGCUUUGUUUUGCUGUGCGCUUCAUCAGCUGCAAUGCGGCAGUGAAAGACCAGCUCUCGAUUGUACAAGGCGCCGGCAGUCGUACAGACUGUCGGAAUAAAUUGCAUACGAACAAACAGGUGUCACGAAUUGGCGCAUGAU